AUGCCCGCAAUGCUCGACGACCCCACCGCGGCCACCCUCCCCGCCCCCACCCCCACCACAACACCCACCCCAACACCCGUCACCCUCCGCGACGGCACCCCCGCAACCCUCUACCCAAUCCUCACCCCCGCCUCCCUCCCCACCUCCCUCGUCACCUUCCUCGCCGCCCAGUUCAACGCCGAGGUCGAACGCGGCGACACAUAUCCGCACGACCAGCCUCUCGCGCCGGAGCACUUCCGCGAGUACUGGUUUGGCGCGUUUGGCGCGGUCUUGCUGCUCGGUGCGUAUGAGGAGGGCGUGCUGCAGGAUGAGGGCAGGGACUGGGCGGAGUGUUGUCUCGGCACGUUUUAUGUCAAGCCGAAUUACCCCGGGAGGUGCGGGCACGUGUGUAAUGCGGGGUUCCUGACGAUGCCGGCGGCGAGGGGACGGGGGUGUGGCAGUGUGAUGGGGAGGGAGUAUUUGGUGGUUGCGAAGCAGCUGGCGGGGGGGCGGGGAAAGGGGUACACGUACUCGGUGUUCAACCUGGUGUUUGAGACGAAUGUGGCCUCGCUGCGCAUCUGGGACGGGCUGGGGUUUGAGCGGAUUGGGAGGGUGAAGGGCGCGGCGAGGUUGAAGAGCUAUCCGGGCAGGAUGGUGGAUGCGUUUAUGAUUGGGAAGGAUCUGUAG